AGACAGAUGUUAUCUAAGAAACUCCCCGAACCCUCAUCUUUGCAAUAUCUUCCUUAUAGGAAUUACAAUUAUUCUUUGGUUAUGGGAGCUUGCUGUGAAAACGUGAUUGGAUAUAUGCCUAUUCCUGUAGGCGUAGCAGGGCCGCUAGUUUUGGAUAACAGAGAGUUUCACAUUCCAAUGGCAACAACAGAAGGAUGUCUUGUAGCAAGCACAAACAGAGGAUGUAGAGCAAUAUGUCUUGGUGGAGGAGCAAGUAGCCGCAUUCUGGCAGAUGGGAUGACUCGAGGACCUGUUGUAAGGCUACCCACUGCUUGCCAGGCUGCAGAAGUGAAAGUUUGGCUUGAAAGCCCUGAAGGCUUUAAAAUAAUGAAGGAAGCUUUUGACAGCACAAGUAGGUUUGCCCGUCUACAAAAACUUAUCAUCAGUUUGGCUGGUCGUAACCUUUAUAUCCGUUUUCAGUCUGGAACAGGGGAUGCAAUGGGAAUGAAUAUGAUUUCAAAAGGUACUGAAAAAGCACUGACAAGGUUGAAUGAAGAGUUUCCUGAUCUACAGGUUAUAGCUAUUAGUGGUAACUAUUGCACAGACAAAAAACCUGCUGCUAUAAAUUGGAUAGAAGGAAGAGGGAAGUCUGUUGUCUGUGAAGCAGUCAUUCCAGCCAAGGUUGUUACAGAA